GUCACUUCCUUCACUUACUUAACACGUGACCAAUAUCUCUCAGCUGAUAAUAUUCAAUUUAUAUUUAAGAAACCAAAGAAAUGACUUGUAGUUAUUGACUAUGAGUAUAGUCAACUUUGAAUUGUCAUUUAAGACCAGAUGAUUUAGAAAAUCCGAAGCGAAUAGCCAACAGAAGAGAAGAUAAAAAAUGCUGUCAAAGGCAUGGAAAAAUCGGCCAUUUAUCGCCCGCCUACCUUUAUUUCAAAUUUUACGUCACCAGAGUGACGACCUACGAUAUAAACCAAGUAUAGAUACACAGGAACGAGCUAAGAGUGUUACUUCGUUUUACAAUCAGAGCAAGAUAGAUGCAAUAGCAUCCAAGGACUCUGUUCGCCUUGUUCCUAGCGCAAUGCUGUACACUUAUAAAGUGUCAGAUAACAGUGAUAUUUUGCGCAGUGUACAAUAUUUGCAUAAAGAACUUCCAGUUAGAAUAGCUCAUCGAAUUGCUGGAUUUAGAAAUCUACCAUUUAUUGUAGGAUGCAAUCCUAGCAUUCUUAGUGUCCAUGAAUUGUAUAUUAGAGCUUUUCAUCUUUUAUCAGAAUUUCCUCCGAUAAAAGACGAAGCGGACGAAGCAGCCUAUAGUAAACUUGUAAAGCAACUUUUGGACGAUCAUCGAGAUGUUGUAACUUCUCUGGCAGAGGGUUUUAAACAAUGCUCUAGAUUCUUACAGGAUGAAGGAAUGGUUAAAACCUUUCUGGAUAAAACUUUGACGUCACGAUUGGGGAUACGAAUGCUGGCUGAGCAUCAUAUUGGCCUAUCGGAAAAGAAACCGAACUAUAUUGGGAUUAUUUGUGUUAACUUUACUCCAAAAACAUUUAUUGAAAGAAAGGUGGAGGUUGCUAAAAGAAUGUGUGAAGAUAAAUACGGCCAUUCACCUGAAGUAAAAAUUAAUGGGCAUCUUUCAUGCUCAUUUCCAUAUAUUCCUCAACCACUGGAUUAUGUCUUACAUGAAAUGCUGAAAAAUGCAAUGAGAGCGACAGUUGAGUCUCAUUUGGAUACUUUGGACAGAAUGCCUCCUAUUACUGUUACUAUAGCUAACAAUGAUAUUGAUUUUAUUAUUAGAAUUUCCGAUCGCGGAGGCGGAAUUCGUCACGAUCAUUUGGAAAAGAUUUGGGAUUAUGGUUUUACUACAUCCGGACAAACCGAGGAUGAUAGGGUGUCUCGAGGACUCUUUGGACAAUUUAUUGAAUCGAGAGCCGCAGGAGCUAUGCAUGGAUUCGGGUUUGGUUUACCAGCCUGUAAAGCUUAUGUUGAAUAUCUAGCCGGAAGCCUGCAACUUCAAACUCUGCAGGGAAUUGGAACUGAUGUCUACCUUAGAUUGCGCCACAUCGACGGAAAACAUGGAAGUUUUCGUAUUUGAAUUGUUAUCGCCCUUUCAUUUUGUUAUCAUAUUCAACAUUAAAUGUCAUUCAACUAUCCUAAGUUUGUUUUUGUGUUCAGGAUAGAUCAUCAAUAGCAUAAACAUUGUAUGAAACGUUUCUGUCUUGGUGCUUCGCAACAUACAUUACUUAAAUAGUUUUUGUCUGAUAUGAGUUAAGCCUAUAUCAAAAUAAACUGGUAAAAUACAUUGAAUAUUUCUCGCUAGCGUGAUGUCAGCAUUAUUCAAUUUUCAAAGCUUAAUUAUUGUAAUACUUCUCCUAAUAUGUACUUGUACGUAUAUAAGGG